GCUCCGAGCCUGUGGCAGGCCGCAGCCCAAUACGACCUCUCGGCAGAACUCAUUUCUUGACCUACACAAUUUGCGCUAGCUUUGUACUGGAAAUCACAAGCUCACACUAGUACUGUCACUGCAACUACUGGAUCAAACUCAUGGCUGUAGACAAUUUCUCCUACAAAGACAGCAUACAAGCUGUUUUGGCCUCGUGCAUGCCAUGCUUUAGCGGCAUAGCGCCUGUCAAUUCCAAUGAUGAUGCCCGCAGCGAUGUCAGAACCCACAGGUCGCCAUCAAAUGAGCUCGAAGGGCUCUUGCGUGACACAAACACAGAAACGCUCUCGCUGCACUCAAACAUCGGUGCUGGUCGGAGAAAGCCUCGAAAGCGACCUGCAUUCUCUCUGACACUUUUUGGGUACACGUUAUUCGGCCGCCCACCGAUUUACCUCUCGGACGAUGAAGACGAACGAGGAUGGAGGAGGAGAGCACUUGGUACUGCAUCAUCAUCCACACUAGACUCGGAUGCAGCACCACUAGAUGCGUCGAUUAUUGCUCGCAUGUCGUCUCCAGACCGGGCAGAGGCUGAGCAGCGCAGACGUGACGAGGAAGCACAGCGGAAGGCAGAGAGGAAGGCACGACGCAGGGAGCGCAGGGAGCGAGAGCGUAUGUCUACUCUGCUCUCACUCGACGGUGGCUCUCUUGUAAAAGACAGUGGUUUUGAGGGAUUCCAAGGUAGUGGGGAAUCCGCAAUACCUUCGCUUCCAGCCCAUGAAUUUGGGCCGUUUGUACGGGGGCAAGAAGAAUUGUCAGUCAUAGGAGGAGAGGAAGAAGGUUCCGAGGAUGUCGACGAUGCUGACCUCGGCGGGGAGUCAUAUACCCGCAAGAAACGCCAAUCUGUUUGGAGUGGUUCGGGUUCAGACUCUCGUUCUCGGACGUCUGCUUCGGUCUCCAAUGGAGAUGCAAAUUUACAUUACAACCAUCACCGGCUGGCACAAGCUGUUCCACCCUCAUACUACCCGCAGACCGAGAUGCAGUUGCCUAUCCCAGUCAAAACAGCAAAACCCCGCACGUCAAAACGCUUCUCACAUCGCUCGUCUUCAACAGCGUCGCAGUCCACAGCACCUUAUACUCCCGCACCUUCCAUUUCUGUGUCUCCAGCUGUUGCUGCAUUCCCUGUCCCCCAUGAGCGCAUGGAGCACGCCAUUGAAGGAGAGGAUGUACGAGGAUUUCCGAGCGUUGGACUUUCAGGCGCAAGGGGGAAAACGAGAGACAUGGGUGUGUUCCUCGCCAGUCGGGAGGCCCGGUCGUGAGUGGGAGUGUAAACAAUAUCGUGCUUUAUUUUUUUUGUGGUAUGCACAUCUACAUCAUCAUGUACCUCAAGAUUGCAUCUUGGUCCGAGAGGACACUUGACAGCUCGGUAAUAAGUUGCAAGAGCAUUGUCUCAUUUACCUCAUGACCCAAACUCAGUUUCAUGAAC